ACGUCUUUGCCCACUGCGUCGACAGACACCAUUAUCUCCAUUCCCACUUCCGAGGUUUCUCCCACCAUCUCUACGGCAGUACCAACGUCUAUCCCGACGACUGCUGGUAUCACUGGACCUGGCACCGGCGUCGAGUCUUCCACCUCAGCACCUACCGCUACUGAUGCGACCACGUCUUCAGUACCUAUUCCGACAGGUGUCACCACCUCGUCCGUAGGAACUGGCGCCACUGGUGCAACGAGCAGCCCGUCGCCAACGAGCGAACCCUCGAUCCCCACGUCGGAGGCACCGACCACGAGCGUUACGGAAUCAUCUAUCCCGUCUACCUCCCAGACGCCGGAGACCACACCAUUCACCAGUUCCGCCACAGAGACUAGCGCCCCAGCUAUUACCCAGCCUCCCACGAAGACGACGCAACCUCCCCAAUCUCUGGUGCCAAUCACCAGCGACAGUGCUACAACUCUGGUAGUACCGUCCAGCAUCGUCUUUGCGCCCUCCACGUUCAGCACUGCGUCACAAAGCGCGAUGCCGAGCGGCGUCGCUCCUUGGAUUCAGCCUCCUCAAGGCAUGCCUUCCGAGGUACCUCAGAACAUGUUUAUGGGCCAGAUCGCUUUCGACUAUGGUCUAAACUACGACUUUGUGGCAUCAAGCGGCAGCAGCAACCAAAUCUUCACGUACUUGAGGCCUGCUAUCGCUCAAGCCAUUGGUGUUAAGGAGGAUGAUGUUAUCAACUACGGUCUCAGAGCCGCCGACACCACCCAAUAUAAGGGCUGGGUCACGACUCUUGCUGUCUUUAUGAUUCCCAAGGACAAGAACACCACUUUGGAGGUGCAGCUCGGACAGCCUGCAUCCCUCUUUUACCACAAUGUUGAUGAGAACGGUCAGCCUCGCGCCACCGUUAACGAAUUGACGUCUCUCGUGGAUCCCACCUGGCCUUUGGUGUAUGGCAGCUUCCCCGCUGGCACGAGCAACCCUCUCACCAAUCAGAAUAAUGCAUCCCCAGGUGCUACUGACGACAGUGGCCACGGUGGUGCGCUUCCAGGUGACACUACCGGCAGCCGCAAGAUCAACCCCACGAGCGCUGGGAUUGCCACUGGUGCUGUGCUCGCUGCUGUUGCCUAUGGUGCUGCCAUGUUUUUCGUUGCACGCCGAUACAGGAACAAGAAGGCAGCUCAUCGUCGAUCCAGUUCUGUCCCAAGCACAAGCCGCUAUACUUACGGCUCCGUGGGCGGCGGGAACUGGAUGUCAGGCGCUCGCAACGGAAGAUUGACUCCCACCGUUCCCGGAAGUCGAGGCAGCCGAGGCAGCGACAGCAGCAACGGUCGCAGCGUACGGACACAGCAGAUCUCAGCACCCGUCAUGGCAGAGAACUCGCUUGGCUGGAACUGA